UACAUCAGAGACCUUUCAGGCCUGCCCAACUGCAAAUCCGCAACCAGGGAAGGAAACUAAUAUGAAUGUAUGGAGUGGUCGUUGAUAAUCGCAAUAAUCAUGUUUUGUAUAGUAAAAAUAGUGUUCCCAAAGCCGCAAAACUUUAGUAUAUUUGGAGAGAUCAGUUGACUUGCUCCAAUUUGGGGAUUGCCAGUAGUCCGGAUUCGAUAUAAAACGUACAUUGAACUUGGAUAGCCUGAAAACUAUGCCAUAGAUGAACUGCAUUGGUGGUCAACGAACGAACUACAAGAAAGGAAUGUAAAAUGGAAGACUCUAAAUGCCGUUUCUGUGUCUUGAGAGUUAUAGUACCUGGCACUCCUGGCAAAAAGGCCUGGUUCCCGGGAGAUACCCUUACAGGUUUCAUUGAGAUCACUUCUCCAGAAUUCAACAUUGUGGAUAUAAGAGUCACACUUGAAGGUCGUUUACGAGUUUGGAUGCACAACCGUGACCAUGACCGGAACGCAGACCAUUACCCAUUUGAAGAUAUGGUCGAGCAUCAGUUUCUCAAAAUGGACUACACACCAAACUGGUCCAGUUCUGUACAAAACCCAGACUCGAAUGAUUCAAUAUCCUUUCUCCAAUUCGACUUCACCAUCCCACACAAAGUAUUCCUCCUACCUGGCACCGAGAACCCAGAAGGCUCUCUCCAGUUGCCCCCCUCCUUCGAGGACGGAGACGAAUUCGUGGAUACAGCAACAAACAAACGAUACAAGCAGCCGCUUGUUUUGUAUGCAAUCCAAACCAGCGUGACGUUAAGUCCUCCCGGAAAUACGCAUACACCUUUCCGCAGACUCUACGCCAUGAAUGAGGUUCAAGUCCUUCCUCGUUCUGGUGCGCAGCCGCCGUCGGCUACUGAAGACUUCCCUGGGGAGUUCCAGAUGGCGUCUGUGAAAUCGAUACAGAUACAGCGUUGUUGUAUUCCCUGGAAGAGUUUGGCGGUGGGAGAAAUGGCUAUGUCGACAAGGGAGCCUCCACCGAUUAAUCUGGAUACAUCUGCUCCUAGGGGGGGUUCUUACUGCGAUAUCUCAGUCGCCUUCACACCAGCAAACCCCGUUAAGAAAGUGGGGGGCUUUGAGCUUGGUCUUCUGAGAAGCCGUCUAAAAUCCCGGUUACGUGUUAAAACAUACUAUUCAACACAGAAUCUUCAACAAAUACCACAGAGGCCAAGAUGCUCACCACUGUCCCCGGUUCGGCUGCGAUCCAGUUUCAUUAACUUGGAUACUCGCGACAUGUUAAUGCCACUAAGCCCCUCAUCUGAGGCAAAGAAAGAAUGGACGACAUCAAUCUGUCUGCCAAUAAAUACACCAUUGGACAUGACGCCUAGUUUUACCUCUGCAUUUGCUGCACGGUUAUACGCUCUUAACCUGGAAAUCAGAUUACUUAAUCUGGCUCAUGAGCCGUUUAAACUGGAGGUGCCUCUACAGUUGGUUUAUGGACAUGGACAUCCUGACUGA